CGCUGUGAGCCGCACCCCGUAUGUUAUUACUGAUCAGCUGGUUUUCUGUCUCUGUUUAAUUUCUGAAGUGGAAGAAGAAACCCCAGCUUUCUGGAAUGCUAAAGCUAAACGGUCUCUGGACGAGGCCAUGGCCCUGAAACAGAAACACUACCGAGCCAAGAACCUUAUCCUCUUCCUGGGCGAUGGAAUGGGGAUACCCACGCUGACGGCAGCUCGGAUCUACAAGGGGCAGCUGCAGAAUCGGUCGGGGGAGGAGACUGUCCUCGCCAUGGAUACCUUCCCGUACAUGGCGCUUUCCAAGACCUACAACGUGGAUUAUCAGGUUCCCGACAGUGCAGGGACGGCCACAGCCUACCUGUGUGGCGUGAAGGCGAAUUACGGGACUGUGGGUCUGAGCGCAGCGGCAAGGCGGUAUCAAUGCAAUACCACCAAAGGGAACGAGGUCAAGUCAAUUCUGCACAGAGCCAAGGAAGCUGGCAAAUCCGUGGGCUUUGUGACCACUACCAGGGCACAGCAUGCCUCUCCCUCUGCUACCUAUGCUCACAUCGCCAACAGGGACUGGUACAGCGAUGCUGCCAUGCCUCUUGAAGCUCUCAAAGAUGGGUGCACUGAUAUCGCAGCGCAGCUCAUCAGCAACACAGACAUAAAUGUGAUCCUUGGAGGAGGCAGGAAGUACAUGACCCCCAAUGGCACCAAAGACCCUGAGUACCCAACGCUCCCGGCCCAUGCGGGCGUCCGAUUGGACGGGAGGAACCUCAUUGAUGAGUGGCUCAGCAAAAAACAGGGGGCAACAUAUGUCUGGAAUAAGGCUGGAUUGGAUGAUGUUGAUGUUAAAAAGACAGACUACUUGAUAGGGCUGUUUGAGCCAGGAGACAUGCAGUACGAGCUGAACAGAAACCGUGCUUUGGAGCCCUCUAUCACUGAGAUGACAGAAAAGGCCAUCGCAAUCCUCAGCAAGAACCCCAAGGGAUUCUUCCUCUUCGUGGAAGGGGGGAGAAUCGACCACGGCCACCACGAUGGCAAGGCCAAGCAGGCAUUGAUGGAGGCGGUGAUGUUUGACCGCACCAUAGAGAGGGUCUCAGAGCUGACCGAUGAAAAGGACACCCUCUCUGUGAUCACUGCUGACCACUCCCACGUCUUCACUUUCGGAGGCUACACCAAGCGUGGCAGCUCCAUCUUCGGAUUGGCACCUAAUAAUGCAAAAGACAGAAAACCUUACACCUCCAUACUGUAUGGAAACGGGCCGGGGUAUGCUACUGAAAAUGGAAUCCGUCCGGUUGUGAAUGCCACCACUGCAGAUGAUAAGGACUACCUGCAGCAAGCUGCCGUGCCCCUGGACUCGGAGACCCAUGGUGGUGAAGACGUGGCUAUCCUUGCCAAGGGCCCCAUGGCUCACCUGUUCCAUGGGGUCCAGGAGCAGAACUACAUUGCCCACGUGAUGGCGUAUGCAGGCUGCAUCGAGCCCUACGUUGACUGUGCCCUGGAGCCCCCUCCUGGAGACUCUGCCACGGCCCUAGCCAGCUUCCUCACUCUGCCUCUGGUGCUGCUGUCAGCCACAGUCACCAUCUAAAACAAGUGCUUUAUACACAGGGUUCGGGCUGCACGGGAUAACAACUGCUUAAUGUUACGGAACAACAUUACAGGAGAAACUCUUCUUUAAAUGUUACAAGAAGGCGACCAGCACUCGCGUCACAUCUUUAAAAAAAAAAAAAAAAAAAGACUAUUUCUUCAUUUUAAAUAAUUUUUAUUACAAACGGCAGACAUGCAAGUACAGACAGUUUGUGUGUCAGAUGUUUUAAAAAAAUAAAAAAUUCAAAUAUAGUCAUCUUUUUUUUAAAGAUGUGACAUGAGUGCUGGUCUUGUAGCAUGUAAUAUUUCUCUUUGAGCAAAGCACCCGAAUGUUGUGAACGCAGCUUCCACGUGUUCUCUGGAGUUGAGCAAGCACUUUGAUUCAUACAUUUUUUAAAGCGAUGCAGAAGGUCGACCUGUUGAAAGAAACACAACCUACUGUUGUUUUAUAAGUAAUA